AUGAAGGCCACCGCAGCCGCACUGGGUCUGUUGGCCUCUACGUGUUUCAUGCAACUGGCCUCCUGCAACCUGGUCAAAUACGAACUGAACCUGUCAUGGGAAGACCGAGAAGUGGCCGGAGCUGUCCGGAAGACGAUAUUGGUGAAUGGGCAGUUUCCCGGCCCGACGCUGCGAAUGAAGCAAGGUGACGAUGUGGAAGUCCUCGUGAACAACUCGAUGCCGUUUGGGACCACCGUCCACUGGCAUGGCAUCGAACAGCUGGGCACGCCGUGGUCUGACGGUGUCCCGGGCCUCUCGCAGGAGAAUAUCCCUCCGGGUGAGGAAUUCCUGUACCAGUGGAAGGCGGUUGACUACGGCGCGUACAUCUACCAUAGCCAUGCCCGAGGCCAGAUCGAUGACGGACUCUACGGGGCGAUCAUUGUUGAACCGGAUGACUGCGUGGAGCAGCCGUUCGACCUGAUCACCCAGGAUCCGAGUGAACUGGAGGCGCUCCGCAGGGCAGAGCGGGAAACGCAGCCCAUCAUCGUCUCCGACUGGCGCCAUAUGACAUCUGAAGAACUCUGGCAGGCUGAGGAAGUUUCCGGCAUGGAGAAUUACUGUGUCAAUGCCGUCUUGAUCAAUGGCAAGGGCUCCACGAUGUGUCUUGCGCAAGACCGGAUUAAUGCACUCACGACGGAUACGCAGAGGGAAGCGAUGGGAAACCAGACUCUGACUGAUAUGGCAUGUCUCCCGCCUAUUGAUGCUAUUCUGGGACCGUUCGAUCGUACGCCCGAGUUGGCCCCUCCCGGCUUCUACAAGGACUGCACCGCUGGAGACGGGCCCACGGAGAGAUUCGAGGUGGAUCCUGCCACGAUGUAUCGGAGCUGGGAUCUCAUUAGCAUGGCUAGCGUGUCCACGCUGGUGUUCUCGAUCGACGAGCAUCCGAUGUACGUCUACCGGGUGGACGGACGAUAUAUCGAGCCUCUCCGGGUCGAUGCGGUGACCGUGCCGAUUGGAACGAGAUACUCAGUGUUCACGAAGCUGGACCAACCGGCGGGCGAUUACACUGUCCGGGUGGCCAACACGGGGGUGAAUCAGAUCAUCAACGGCACGGCUGUCAUGACAUACACGCCAUCGACGCAAGGCCAGCGCCAGCGUCGGCCGUCUCAGGCCUCCAUCACGGAAACAGGCAUCAAUGCCACCACCGCCACGGUGAUCUUGAACGAGACCAGCGUAGUUCCCUUCCCUGUCGUCCGACCUGCGGCCACGGUCGACCAGACCGUCAUCCUGAACGUGGACCGGUGGAACUCCUCCUACCAGUGGCUGAUGGGGGAGGACAGCUACUCUAUGGAGCUGGAGGAAGCCAGCCCCGUGCUCUUCAACAAGAGCUCCAUCCCGUCCAAGUACACCAUCAGCACGCGGAACGGAACCUGGGUGGACCUGAUUUUCAACAUCAGCAGCACCACGCAUCCCAUCCACAAACACUCGAACAAGUUCUUCGUGCUCGGGUCGGGCACCGGCGCCUGGAACUGGUCGUCCGUGUCGAGGCGAUGCAGGACAUCCCGCAGAGCUUCAACCUGGAGAACCCCCAGCUCCGGGACACGUACGACACGGCCAGUCCGGCGCGUUCGGCGACGUGGAUGGCGAUCCGGUACCAGGUGGUCAAUCCGGGGGCGUUUCUGCUGCACUGUCACCUCCAGACUCACUUGA